AUGACAUCAAGUGAUAUGGACGACUACGAAACCAGACAGAAAAAACAGGCUGUAUAUGACAUAUUACAUAAUAAUCCAUCUUCUCUUAUUCAAGCCAUUGCACAAUCAGGAUCCAUUAGUAGAAUACAAAUGGAAGCCAUCAAGUCACAGUUGCUGAUGCCGUCUCCUUUACCAACAGAUGCAGCAUUGAUGGAUGUCUUGAGACAAGGGCUAGACGAAGCAAGAUUAGCAACACAUGGAACUACUGGCAUGGUCGAGUCCAGUCAUCCAACCACAGUCAACAGUACUAGUUCAACAGUAGUGAUAGCAUCAGAUCUAGCAACGGCACAAACGUCUCAACGACUGUUGGGGGGACAAGCGUCCACAGCAACAGUGAUUAUCUCACCAGUGGACAUGACAUUGCCUUGA